AUGCUUUACAUGAAAACGAUGCAAGACCCUGGGAAACGGGCGCACAUUUACCGUAUUUCCCCAAAUCCCUUUCUUUCUCGGACUCUUUCUCUUUGCAAUUGCUAUUCCCGACGUUCGGCAGCGCCCGAGGGAAAAAUGCUCUCCAAAAGGCUCAUCAGCGCAAUUGGAAACACCGUCAAGGUGUCCCAGAAUGGCAUUGCCACCUCAACCCGUCAAUUCGCCGCUUCCGGCGCUGAGGUGUCAAAGAUUCUUGAGGAACGCAUCCUCGGACAAGAUUCCAGCAUCAACUUGGAAGAGACAGGAAAGGUGCUCUCCAUUGGAGACGGUAUCGCUCGUGUCUAUGGCUUGAAGAACAUUCAAGCCGAGGAAAUGGUGGAAUUCGACUCGGGAAUCAAGGGAAUGGCUCUUAACUUGGAACCAGACAACGUGGGAGUUGUCGUCUUCGGUAACGACAAGGUGAUCCGUGAGGGAGACAUCGUCAAGCGAACUGGGGCCAUUGUGGACGUGCCUACCGGAGAGGGACUUCUUGGACGUGUCGUUGACGCUCUUGGAAACCCGAUUGAUGGAAAGGGACCAGUCAAGGGAGUCAAGAGAUGCCGUGUGGAGGUCAAAGCUCCUGGAAUUAUUCCUCGCCUCUCUGUGCGCGAACCUAUGCUUACGGGAGUGAAGGCUGUAGACUCUUUGGUGCCAAUUGGACGUGGUCAACGUGAGCUGAUCAUUGGUGAUCGUCAAACUGGAAAGACCGCCAUUGCCAUUGACACCAUUAUCAACCAACAACGAUUCAACAAUGGUGCUGACGAGAAGAAGAAGCUUUACUGCAUCUACGUUGCCGUCGGGCAGAAGCGUUCCACGGUUGCCCAGAUUGUGAAGCGCUUGACCGAUGCUGGCGCUAUGCAAUACACCAUCAUCGUGUCUGCCACUGCCUCCGACGCUGCUCCACUUCAAUUCUUGGCUCCAUACUCUGGUUGUGCGAUGGGAGAAUUCUUCCGUGACAAUGGAAAACACGCAUUGAUCAUCUUCGACGAUUUAUCCAAGCAAGCCGUUGCCUACCGUCAGAUGUCUCUUCUUCUCCGUCGUCCACCAGGUCGUGAGGCUUACCCCGGAGAUGUGUUCUAUCUUCACUCGCGCCUUUUGGAGCGUGCCGCCAAGAUGAACAAUACUCUCGCCGGUGAUGUGUCUGCCUACAUUCCAACCAAUGUCAUUUCAAUCACUGAUGGGCAGAUUUUCCUUGAGACUGAGCUCUUCUACAAAGGAGUGCGACCAGCCAUCAACGUCGGUCUCUCUGUGUCACGUGUAGGAUCUGCUGCCCAAACGAAGGCCAUGAAACAGGUCGCCGGUUCCAUGAAGCUCGAGCUUGCCCAAUACCGUGAGGUCGCAGCUUUUGCCCAGUUCGGAUCUGAUCUCGAUGCUUCCACCCAACAACUUCUCAACCGAGGAGUCCGUCUCACUGAGUUGUUGAAACAAGGACAAUACGUGCCAAUGGCCAUUGAGGAGCAGGUUGCUGUCAUCUACGCUGGAGUGAAGGGACAUCUCGACAAACUCGACCCAUCUCACAUCACCAAAUUCGAGAGGGAGUUCUUGGCCCACAUCCGCGCCACUCAACAGGAACUCUUGAAGACGAUCCGCGAGGAGGGACAAAUCUCGCCCGCUUCCGACACCAAACUCAAGGAAUUGGUCACUGGUUUCUUGGCCAGCUUCAAGGCC